AUGUUGCACUGGGACUGUCUAUUCCAUACUGUGCAUGCUGGUAGCUUUGAAACCGGUGAUAUCAUCUGGUUCCUAGAGGGCGGUCUUAAUGCAUCUUACAAUUGUGUCGAUCGCUGGGCAUUUAAACAUCCAAACAAAACCGCCAUUACUAUCUACGAGGCCGAUGAACCCGAUGAUGACUGCCUCAUCACUGAUGCAGAACUGCUCUGCAGGGUCUGCUCUAUUGCAAACGUCCUGAAAGCUCUUGGUGUCAAGAAGGGCGAUACUGUUUCUAGUCUCUCCGUGAUUGUGUUCAAGACUGCAAGUCGCGCGAUGUCCUUACCAGUGAUGAGGGCAGACGCACACGCCUGGUCUCACACCCGCUGUUCACCCAGCAUUACUGUAAUGCUGUGUUCGCUGGUGAAGAGGAGUUGGGCUGUCAUGAAGUUUUGGGAGAAUGUGGAUCUUGGUGCGGUGGGUGUUGGAGAAGGCGUUGGUAUCGUUAGCACUGGGGACCUUACCCCAAUCAUCCCAACGCAUCUGCUCCCACCGAAGACCAGUCACGGGCAGUGGAACAUGGGGCUGUUGAAGCAAGAGAGCGGGUUCUUGAUUGCGAGUUUGGUACCGGGGAUGAAGGGGAACGGGAAGGGAGAGGAUGGGCAGGGGGAGCCCGUGGAGCUGAAGAAAAGCAUGUCUUUGAGGCUUCGAGAGCAUGAUGAGUGGGAAUAG